AUGCAGUCGACUGAGCCCGGAGAGACCAGCCGUGGGAAUUCCUCCUCAGACGGGGGUGCGUUGAGUCUUCCCCCCGUCAUCCAAGACAUCGCUCAGGGUGUGCUCGCUAUUGUGGUCGGCCUGAACUCCCUCGGCUAUUCGUGGAUCAUACUCACCACGAUCAGGCAUCGCCAACUCAGAGCGGUGUCAAACUUCUUCCUGGUAAAUCUCUGCGUCGGGGAGUUGCUUUUCUGCACCGUCUUGGUGCCCGUGGCUUAUGUGGUCGUCCUGCGGGGCCAUCGAGACAUCAGAGCGGCGGAAAUCAACGCUGGUAUCGUCUCCACCUGCGUGUUUAUCCUGUCUGGAUUCUUUCUCAGUGCGUCAGUUUGGGUAGCCGACAAGAACUUGAAAUUGUUCAAACCUUUCUUGUAUCCUCGCCUGGGAACCAAUCGCUACCUUGCAAUUUCUGUAAUGGCUACAUGGGCAUCUGCGCUUGCUGUCGCCUCGUUUGUCUUCCUACGUCUUGUCACCGCACCAAAUACCAAAGAAGCCGUGAACUUUCCUGCCUUUAUCCUUCAAAACUGGUGGGUUCCCAUGCUACUUUUUGACGGAAUAGUGGCAGUAAAUGUUGGCUUCAUAACCCUCUCUAACGUUGCUGUGAUCCGCCUCGCCUUCACACAACUACGUAAGAUCAACUCCAGGCCCACUGUGGUGAUCACAGAGCCGGAGAACCCAGUCGAUAGACAGCAAGACGUCGUCUUCAACAUUCACUUAUCGACCGAGACGAUUUCCAACCCCAGCACUCAGUCUGGCACAGGCACUGCGCUAGCGCGGUCGGCCCGGAACUUUUGCCGGCCAACCCCAAGGAGCACUUCUUCGAAUUCCCGGAGACGGUCGUUCAUCGUCUAUGCGUGCACCUUCACGAUGGCUUGGACCCCCGCUAUAGUCCUGGUCAACUUGCAUGCCUUCGGCUCUCUAGAAAUCUCCCCGCCCAUGAUAGGAUGCUACUUUAACACCAUUGGUGUUACCUAG